CAAUAUGGCUCCGCGCCAGGUACUGUAUAAAUAAAAACCUACUUUUGAAAACAACAAUCGAUAUAAAAAGCACAGAUAUAUCAUAAAAAGAAAUAUGGAUUCUCAAGAAAAUUUUAAUAAAAUCACCAACGCCAUUAAUGAAACACACGAAAAUGUUUUGCACGAAGUCUGUCAUGUGCCGCGUGUAAUGAAUUUGACGGAUUUCUAUGGCAUAUACGAAAGGGAAGAAAAGGCAAUAGAUGAAAAAUACGAUAAUGUACCAAAGGUUACUCCUACCAUUGAACUGUUUGCAGAAGUUUUCAAAAAGCUCGAUGAGUAUCCAGCCAAUUUGCAAAAACCCAAAAAACCACCACCCAUGCGGGAACGUCUAAAUUCUACCAUAUCGAAAUCCUCUCCCACUCUAAAUGAUUCCACCGGUUCGAGUACCUCUAGUCAAAAUAAAGAAAAUUCUCUUAGUUUGUUUAAUUUGCAUAAGAUCGAAGCGGAUGUGCCCACAGCUUCGGAAACUUUAAGCAGUUUUGUAAAGUUUCAAAAGCAGUUAAAGUUAUUGAAUAACGAAAUAAUGCAACAGGAGCUAGACAAGGAAUAUGCACAAAAAUUAAAACAGUUAAAUGUAUUUGCCCAACAAUUAGAGAAAAUAUUGCCCACAGAAAAAGUGGGCAAAUGCGCUUUAUCACCCGCAGAGGAAACUACUUUAGAGGAUUUGGCUAAUAGAAUGGAUGAUCUUAACUUUAUACGCGGCCAUCAAGAUAUCUUACAGAAUUGUCCAAACAAUAGUAUUCCCACCAAAUUGGAGUAUUUAGUGGAUGUUUUAUCUUAUUGUGUACUUGCGGUUAAUAAUUUUAAUAUAAAUUAAUUUAUUGAAAUACAUAGAAAUAAAAUGUUAAGAACUAAAAACAAUCUUCUUCCUCAA